UCAAAAAAGCACACCUCAAAAAAAAAAAAAAAGCAUUCUCUGCUCUUUCUCUCCGCUAUCAUCGCUUCUUUCUCUUCCUAAUUCUUAUUCUCUCUCACUCACUUUUCUUCAUUUCCCAUCACACCUCAAUCUCUGUUAAACCGUGUUAACCACAAAAAUGAGACCAUGACGACGCUGUCUCAACCUCCAAGAACCGUUCGCAAGUUGCUGGUCGAAGUUGUCAAUGCUCGUGAUCUUCUUCCCAAGGAUGGCCAGGGGAGCUCCAGUCCUUAUGUCAUUGCUGACUUCGAUGGCCAGAGGAAGCGAACCUCCACCAAGUAUCGCGACCUCAAUCCAGAAUGGAAUGAGACGCUUGAGUUUAUUGUCUCUGACCCAGAUAACAUGGACUUUGAGGAGUUGGAAAUCGAGGUCUUUAAUGAUAAGAAGUAUGGCAACGGCAGCGGCCGGAAAAACCACUUUUUGGGCAGGGUAAAGUUGUACGGUUCUCAGUUUGUCAAGAGAGGAGAAGAGGGGCUCGUUUAUUUCCCUCUCGAAAAGAAGAGCGUUUUUAGCUGGAUUAGAGGCGAGCUCGGGUUGAAGAUAUGUUACUAUGAUGAGUUGGUCGUUGAGGACCAACAGCCUCCGCCUCCUUCAGACAAGGAUGCACCGCCACCACAGGAACAGCCCAAGUCUCCGGCGGUUGUUGUAGUGGAAGAAGGCAGACCUUUAGACGGGCCUGCACAUCCUGAGAUUUCUCAUAGUCAUCGUUUUCCCGAUGGAUCUCACUUGCCUCCUGUUGUCGUUAUCGAGGAAUCCCCACCUCCUGUGGUGCAUGUUCACUCAGAGCCACCUGCUCCGGAACCAGCGAUGCCACCUUCAGAGGGUCUUUACAUUCCGGACAUGAGGAAGAUGCAGACUACUAGAGUUGCUGCUGGUGGUGGCGAGAGAGUGAGAGUAUCAAGGCGGCCGGAUGAAGAAUACUCUCCAAAAGUUAUUUCUGGAAAAUUUACUAGUGAAACUGAGAGAGUCCAUCCAUACGAUCUUGUUGAACCAAUGCAGUAUUUGUUCAUCAGAAUAGUCAAGGCACGUGGUCUGUCACACAACGAGAGUCCAUACGUGAAGAUCAGGAUUUCGAAUCAUUCUUUAAGAACUAAACCCGCCAUUUACAGACCCGGUGAGCCAACCGACUCGCCUGAGUGGAAUCAGGUGUUUGCACUGGGUUACAACAGACUUGACUUGACCAGUUCGACUUUAGAAGUCUCGGUUUGGGACUCGCCGGAGCAGUACCUGGGUGGCAUUUGCCUCGGACUCUCUGAUGUUCUUGUGAGGGACCCACCUGACAGUCCAUUGGCUCCUCAAUGGUACCAUCUCGAGAGCAGCCCCGGUCAGAAUAGCUGUAGGGUCUCCGGUGACAUCCAACUAUCGGUCUGGAUCGGAACGCAAAAUGAUGACGCUUUCCCAGAGGCAUGUAUAUCUGAUGCGCCAUAUGUCUCUCACACGCGCUCAAAGGUUUACCAGUCCCCCAAGCUCUGGUAUUUAAGAGUCACAGUUCUUGAAGCACAAGAUCUACACAUUGCUUCGAAUCUACCUCCAUUAACGGCUCCAGAGAUUCGAGUCAAGGCUCAUCUAGGAUUUCAAUCUGUAAGAAGUAGGCGAGCAUCCAUGAAUAAUCACAGUGCAUCGUUUCACUGGAACGAGGACAUGAUAUUCAUUGCCGGCGAGCCGCUGGACGAUUGCCUUAUCUUGGUAGUGGAAGACCGUACAAACAAGGAAGCAAUAUCUCUCGGGCACAUAAUCAUUCCAUUGGGCUCGAUCGAGCAACGGAUAGAUGAGCGCCACGUGGCGGCCAAAUGGUUCCCAUUGGAGGGUGGAGCCAGUGCUGGACCAAAUUGUGUAGUUGGGUGCUACUAUGGGAGAAUAUAUCUCCGUCUCUGUUUGGAGGGAGGGUAUCAUGUGCUGGAUGAAGCGGCCCACGUAUGCAGCGACUUUAGACCCACGGCUAAGCAGCUAUGGAAGCCAGCUAUAGGGAUUUUGGAGUUGGGGAUUCUAGGCGCUCGUGGCUUGAUGCCAAUGAAACACAAUCCUUACAAAGGAGGCAAGGGAUCCACUGAUGCUUACUGUGUAGCUAAAUACGGAAAAAAGUGGGUCCGUACAAGAACCAUCACGGACAGUUUUGAUCCACGCUGGAAUGAGCAGUACACGUGGCAGGUUUAUGACCCUUGCACUGUCUUGACCAUUGGUGUCUUUGACAAUAGUCGUAUUUUUGCUGAUCCCUCUGGCGUAGAAGAAAAGUUCGAUACUCGUAUAGGCAAACUACGGAUACGAGUAUCGACACUGGAGAGCAACAAGGUGUAUACGAAUUCCUAUCCUCUGUUGGUUUUACAAAGAACGGGUUUGAAGAAAAUGGGCGAGAUAGAAUUAGCGGUUCGUUUCGCCUGCCCGAAUUUAUUGCCAGAUACUUGCGCCGUAUACGGUCAACCAUUGCUUCCUCGAAUGCACUAUCUCCGUCCACUUGGAGUGGCCCAGCAAGAGGCACUGCGUGGAGCUGCCACCAAAAUGGUUGCUUCUUGGCUUGGACGCGCCGAACCGCCAUUGGGCCAUGAGGUGGUUCAGUACAUGUUGGAUGCGGAUUCUCACACGUGGAGCAUGAGAAAAAGCAAGGCAAAUUGGUUUCGGAUCGUAGCUGUUCUUGCGUGGGCCGUUGGGUUGGCAAAAUGGUUACAUAAUAUCCGGAGAUGGAAAAACCCAGUUACGACAGUACUGGUGCAUGUUUUGUAUUUGGUGCUUGUUUGGUACCCGGAUUUGAUUGUUCCUACCGGGUUCUUGUAUGUGUUUUUGAUUGGUGUGUGGUAUUAUAGGUUCAGGCCCAAGAUACCAGCGGGUAUGGAUAUUCGGUUAUCUCAAGCGGAGACAGUUGACGCGGAUGAGCUGGAUGAGGAAUUUGAUACAAUUCCAAGCUCAAAACCACCAGAAAUAAUCAGGGCCAGAUAUGACCGAUUGCGAAUUUUGGCAGCCCGGGUCCAAACAGUCUUGGGCGAUAUCGCGACCCAAGGGGAGCGGGUUCAAGCUUUGGUGAGUUGGAGGGAUCCACGGGCCACAAAGUUGUUUAUAGCAGUGUGUUUGGCUAUAACAAUAAUCCUUUACGUGGUGCCACCAAAAAUGGUUGCAGUGGCCUUAGGAUUUUACUAUCUACGACACCCAAUGUUCCGGGACCCUAUGCCACCGGCCAGCCUGAAUUUCUUCCGGCGGCUUCCAAGCUUAUCGGAUCGGUUAAUGUAGAUUUGGUAGAGUGGAUAUAUAGUAACAGAUAAUAGAAAUUAAAAUUUUUGGGCACCGAAUUGUGAAAGGUGAAAGUUGAAACAGCAUAAUAAAGGACUACUGUUUUUGGUUGAAAAGAGAUGUCCCUCUGAUGAACAGUGAGGUGUGAAAAAAAAGUAACUCAAGUUGACAUAAUGUGCCCUUUUUUCCCCCUUUGAAUUGAUGGAUUACAGGCUGAAAACUUGGAAUAAGAGAAAGGAGUGGGGCCUGAGGCAGUUUGAAGCAUAAAGAAAAGAAAAUUUUAGAGCCAGUUAAGUGGGAGGGAAGGAAAGUUUAAGCUUUGAAAUGUUACUUUUCUAACUUAUAAAAAACCGCAAUUAUUUUUUUUAA